UAGGCUAUAUAACUACGAGAGCCGUUGAACGGUCGUCGUUGUGCCUGCGAUUUGCGAUGAAACGCAAGCUUUUCGUGAUACUCGAUAUUAUUAAAUUUCUACGACUAUGGGCUGAAAUUUCCCUGGAGUCUCUUUUCGGGCGGCUCUUCGAGUGCAGAGUACUAAAAAUAACAUCCUAAACGAGAGAGGAAUCGGCCGAAACCUGGUUUUUAUACUACUCAAUUUGGUGACAAUGUGGUACGGUCACAAUUUACAAAGAUCUUACAAGUAUAUGAUUUUUGCGUCCAAGAUGCCGUCGCUGAGGAUCGACCAGAGCGAUUUGAAAUGCAAGAAUGGCUGUGUGUACUACGGCAACCCACAGUGGCAGGGCUACUGCUCGGAAUGCUUCCGCAAACAGCAACAGAGACAAAGGAGGGCAGAGAAGGCGUCAUCAUCAUCAUCGUCUACCCUACCUAAGCCGGAGGCGAGGAAGGCGGAGCGCGGCAUCAAGCUGACCAGCCACUCUUCCUUCUCCAAGUUCGAGGAGAAGCGCCUCAAGCAGAGCGACAAGAAGGGCAACCUGCUCAAGUUCAGCGUCUUCAAGAAGAGCAACGCUGGCGAGGUGAGCGAGGCGGGCGGGGGCGGGGGCGGGGUGGAGCGGCGCGCGGCGGAGUUCAAGGUGCCGGAGUCGGUGAAUGUGGCGAUGAAGCGCGAGUUCCGCGCGCGCUGGCCCCGCCUCCCCGCGGCGGCGGAGCGCGACGCGCGCGUGUUCGUGCACUCGCUUAUCGUGGACGUGGUGCGCGCCGCGCCCGCUAUGCCCGUCGACGACCUCGCCGAGCGUGUGCAGCGCCAAUACCAGCGAUUCAUCAAGUACAUGGACACGACGCCGCACUUCGCGGCCGCGGACGCGGACACGCGCGAGCAGGUCGUCGACUGGGCCGAGGAGCACGCCAUGGGCUUCCUGCACGAGUUGCCGGGCGUGGUGUUCUCGCCGGCGGGCACGGGCGACGAGCGCGCGGACCGGGCGCUGGCGGAGCGCGUGGCGGCGCUGGGCUGGGUGGGGGCGGCGGCGCUGGGCUGCCGGGUGGGCGGGGCUGGGCCGCUGUACGGGGGCGUGGCGGCGCUGCUCGACGUGGACGGCGUGCCCGCCCCCGCCGCCAAGCUGCGCGCCGUCACCCGCGCCGCCCGACACGCCCUCGAGCUAGCCGCGCCCCCCGACCGCCCCGCCUCCGCUGACGACCUGCUGCCUGCACUCAUAUUCACCGUGUUGAAGGCGAACCCGCCGCGUCUGGUGAGCAACAUCAACUUCGUGACGCGGUUCACGCGCGCGCAGCGGCUCAUGACGGGCGAGGCCGGAUACUACUUCACUAACCUGUGCUGCGCGGUGUCGUUCAUCGAGAACCUGACGGCGGAGUCUCUGGGCAUGGCGCAGGCGGAGUUCGACAGCUACAUGGCCAUGCCCGCCUCCAUCGGCGGCAGCGCCUGGGCGGCGACGCUGUCGCUGUGCGGCGCGACGCACGAGGCGGAGGAGCUGCGGGCGCGCGCGGAUGCGCUGGCGGCAGAGCUGCCCCCUCUGCUCGCCGCUGCCGACAGACUCGCCGACACGGCUAACACCUUCGAGGAGGAGAUCACGAAGAAGGUGCAGGCUGUUGUGUCCCGCACGCCGCUCACCAUAAAGCCGCGGCGCGAGAUCCCGCGCCUGGGCGCCCCCCUCACCGCCGCGCUCGUCGACCUCACCCCCGCUCCCGCGCCCCCGCCGGAGCUCCCCGCACCCCCCGCGCCCGCCGCACCGCUUUUCCGGGACCGGACCGACGUCGCCGAGUACCUCCUCCUCGAGAGGAGCCCGCCCGAGUCCCCGCGCCGCGUGAAGCCGGCCGGCUCGUUCGAGCUGCUGACGCCGUCGCCGCUCGGCUUCGCGUUCGACUCCAAGUCGCUCGACGAGCCCGCGACGCCGGACGAGUUCGGGGCGGAGGCGCCGGGGCUCGCAGACGUCAACUACGACCUCGACCUGUCCGACCUCAGCGCCGACGCCAGCCUGGCCGACGACCCGCCGCCCGCGCCGCGCCCCCCCGACCCGCGCGCCGCCCGCGCCUUAGCGCAAGUCCUGGAGAAGUUCGACGAGUUUAGCCUCGUCGACGAUAGGGCCAGGGAGGCGUCCGACUCCUUCGAGAUAGUUCCACGGGCGGAGCGGGGGCCGGACCCGUUCAGCCCGGAGCGGCCGGCGCGGGAUCCCUUCAGCCCGGUGCAGCGGGAGCCCGAUCCUUUCAGCCCGGUGCGACAGGAACUGGAUCCGUUCGAAGCUAUGCAGGCGCAGACGGAUCCGUUCAAAACUGUGCAGUCGCAGCCGGAUCCUUUUAAUCCCGUGCAGUCGCAACUCUUUGAGCCGGAUCCGUUUAAACCGGUGCAUUCCGAGCCGGAUCCGUUCAGCCCGGUCCAGGAGCAGCCGGAUCCGUUCAGCCCGACGGUGCGGUCGCCGUCGCUGCUGGACGGCGCGCCGGCCGCCGCCUGCCUGCUGCCCGCUCCGCUGCAGCCGCAGACCGGCGCCAAGCCCUGAGCACCGACACCCUAUCCUAAGCUAAAUUAUUAAUGAAUAUGUUAUAACUUGAAAUAUAUGAGUAAAUAAAAUAUGUGUCCUGCAUUA